GUCACGCCCCUCCUAAUACGCCAGGUAGGGGCGGCUGUGGGCGCUAUGGGGACCGCUUCGUCGCUCGUGAGCCCCGCGGGCGGGGAGGUAAUCGAGGACACGUACGGGGCGGGCGGUGGAGAGGCCUGCGAGAUCCCGGUGGAGGUGAAGCCCAAGGCCCGCCUGCUGCGCAGCUCUUUCCGCCGGGGUGCGGGAGCGGCGGCCGCGGGGGCCGGGCCCGGGUCGCUGAACCGCGGGGCGGGCGGCGGCGGGCUGCUGGGGGCUAGCUUCAAGUCCACCGGCUCUUCGGUGCCGGAGCUAGAGUACGCGGUGGCUGAGUACGAGCGGCUGAAGAAGGAGUACGAGAUCUUCCGGGUCAGCAAGAAUCAGGAGUUGCUGUCCAUGGGCCGCCGGGAGGCCAAGUUGGACACGGAGAACAAGCGGCUGCGGGCCGAGCUGCAGGCACUUCAAAAAACUUAUCAGAAGAUACUUCGGGAAAAGGAGAGUGCUUUGGAAGCCAAAUACCAAGCCAUGGAAAGGGCAGCUACAUUUGAACAUGACAGAGAUAAAGUUAAAAGGCAAUUCAAGAUUUUUAGGGAGACCAAGGAAAAUGAAAUUCAGGACUUACUGAGGGCCAAACGAGAGUUGGAGAGCAAACUUCAGAGGCUACAAGCUCAGGGGAUCCAAGUAUUUGAUCCUGGGGAGUCUGAUUCGGAUGACAACUGUACGGAUGUUACUGCCACUGGAACCCAGUGUGAGUACUGGCCUGGAGGAGCCCUGGGAAGUGAACCUUCCAUAGGGAGUAUGAUCCAGCUUCAGCAGUCCUUCAGGGGUCCUGAGUUCGCCCACAGUUCCAUAGAUGUGGAAGGACCCUUUGCAAACGUCAACAGAGAUGACUGGGAUGUUGCUGUAGCUAGUUUAUUACAAGUUACUCCCUUGUUUUCACAUUCUCUCUGGAGUAACACUGUCAGAUGUUACCUCAUUUCUACAGAUGAAACCCAGCCUGAAAUGGAUCUUUUCCUUAAGGACUAUUCACCUAAACUUAAGAAAAUGUGUGAGACAAUGGGAUAUUUUUUCCAUGCUGAACAUUUUCCAAUAGAUACUGAAAAUCAAUACCUUGCUGUAAGAAAGUGGGAAAUUGAGAAGAGUUCAUUAGUUAUCUUAUUUAUUCAUUUAACUUUACCAAGCUUUUUGUUGGAAGACUUUGAAGAAGCUUUUCUGAAAAAUCCAGAAGGUAAACCACGAUUAAUUUAUCAUCGUUUGGAGGACGGGAAAGUCAGUUCCAAUUCUGUCCAGCAAUUGAUUGAUCAAGUUUCUAACCAAAACAAGACCAACAAAGUCAAGAUCAUUGAUCACUCAGGUGAUCCUGCAGAAGGUGUAUAUAAAACGUAUACUUAUGUGGAAAAGAUUAUUAAACAGGACAUCCUAGGCUUUGAGAACACAGACCUGGAGACUAAGGAUUUGGGGAGUGAAGAUUCUAUUCCAGAAGAAGACGACUUUGGUGAUGUUCUGUGGGACAUACAUGAUGAGCAAGAGCAAAUGGAAACUUUUCAACAGGCUUCAAACUCAGCCCAUGAAUUGGGAUUUGAGAAAUAUUACCAACGCCUCAAUGACCUCGUGGCAGCACCAGCACCAAUCCCACCCCUUCUUGUAUCUGGAGGACCAGGUUCUGGAAAAUCCCUUCUUUUAUCAAAGUGGAUUCAGUUACAACAGAAGAAUUCCCCUAAUACCCUCAUUCUUUCUCAUUUUGUGGGGAGGCCCAUGUCAACCAGCUCAGAGUCUUCCUUGAUUAUUAAACGACUUACUCUAAAGCUGAUGCAGCACUCUUGGUCAGUCUCUGCUCUCACGUUGGAUCCUGCUAAGCUUCUCGAGGAAUUUCCACGCUGGCUAGAAAAACUCUCUGCCCGUCAUCAAGGAAGCAUCAUCAUCAUCAUUGAUUCCAUAGAUCAAGUUCAGCAAGUUGAAAAACACAUGAAAUGGCUGAUAGACCCACUGCCAGUGAAUGUCAGAGUAAUUGUUUCUGUGAAUGUAGAAACAUGCCCUCCAGCAUGGAGGUUGUGGCCCACUCUUCAUCUUGAUCCUUUAAAUCCGAAAGAUGCAAGAUCUGUUAUAAUUGCAGAAUGCCACUCCGUAGACAUUAAACUGAGUCAGGAGCAGGAGAAGAAGCUAGAACGACAUUGUCGUUCUGCUACAACCUGCAAUGCUCUUUAUGUCACCCUUUUCGGCAGAAUGAUUGUAUGUGCUGGGAGAGCAGGCAGCUUAGAUAAAAUCCUUCAUCAGUGUUUCCAGUGUCAAGAUACUGUGUCAUUGUACAGACUUGUUCUGCAGUCUAUCCAGGAGUCCAUGGCAAACGAAGCAGACAGAGAACUAAUGAAACAGAUUCUCUGCCUCAUAAAUGUUAGUCAUAAUGGUGUGAGUGAAUCAGAACUGAUGGAACUCUAUCCACAGAUGUCCUGGCCUGUCUUGACCUCCCUUAUUCACAGUUUAUAUAAAAUGUGUUUGUUGACUUAUAGUUGUGGCUUGCUCAAGUUUAAACAUCUACAGGCUUGGGAAACAGUUAGACUGGAGUACAUGGAAGAUGCCACCGUUAUUUCCUCUUAUAGGCAGAAGCUAAUCAAUUACUUCAGCAUGCAGCUGAGUCAGGACCCGGUAACUUGGAGAAGCGCAGAUGAGCUCCCGUGGCUUUUUCAGCAGCAGGGAAGCAAACAGCAGUUGCACGAUUGCCUUCUCAAUCUCUUUGUGUCUCAAAACCUCUAUAAAAGAGGACACUUUGCUGAGUUGCUGAGCUACUGGCAGUUUGUCGGCAAAGACAAAAGUGCGAUGGCAGCAGAGUACUUCGAUUCCCUGAAGCAGUAUGAGAAAAACUGUGAAGGCGAGGAGAACAUGAUUUGCUUAGCAGGUCUCUAUGAAACCCUGGGGCGAUUUCUCAAGGACCUGGGCCUACUCAGCCAGGCUGUGGUGCCUUUGCAGAGGUCUCUAGAAAUUCGGGAAACAGCUUUAGAUCCAGAUCACCCAAGAGUAGCUCAGUCCCUCCACCAGUUGGCAAGUGUGUACGUGCAGUGGAAGAAGUUUGGCAAUGCAGAACAACUGUAUAAACAGGCAUUGGAAAUCUCUGAAAAUGCCUAUGGUGCGGAUCAUCCACAUAUUGCUCGUGAACUUGAGGCACUUGCAACUCUGUACCAGAAACAAAAUAAAUAUGAACAAGCUGAGCAUUUUAGGAAAAAAUCCUUUAAAAUUCGUCAGAAAGCUACAAGGAGAAAAGGCAACUUGUACGGAUUUGCCCUUCUGCGUAGGCGGGCCCUGCAGUUAGAAGAGCUUACAUUAGGCAAGGACACUCCUGACAAUGCUCGGACCCUCAAUGAACUGGGUGUUCUCUACUAUCUUCAAAAUAACUUAGAAACAGCUGACCAGUUUCUGAAGCGUUCCUUAGAAAUGAGGGAGCGCGUCCUGGGACCAGAUCACCCCGACUGUGCCCAGUCUCUGAACAACCUGGCGGCUCUGUGCAAUGAGAUGAAACAGUACGACAAAGCGGAAGAGCUCUAUGAGAGAGCCCUAGACAUUCGGAGACGGGCACUGGCUCCUGAUCACCCUUCCUUGGCUUACACAGUGAAGCACCUUGCGAUCUUAUAUAAGAAGAUGGGGAAACUUGACAAAGCUGUACCUUUGUAUGAGUUGGCUGUUGAAAUCCGGCAGAAAUCCUUUGGCCUAAAGCACCCCAGUGUAGCUACUGCCUUGGUGAACUUAGCUGUCCUCUAUAGCCAGAUGAAAAAACACAUCGAAGCAUUGCCACUGUAUGAAAAAGCAUUAAAGAUUUAUGAAGACAGCUUGGGUCGGAUGCAUCCUCGAGUUGGAGAAACAUUAAAAAAUUUAGCUGUGCUUAGCUAUGAAGAAGGGGAUUUUGAAAAAGCUGCUGAACUAUACAAAAGGGCGAUGGAAAUAAAAGAAGCAGAAACGUCCCUUUUGGGUGGAAAAGCUCCUUCCCGACACUCAUCCAGUGGAGAUACAUUUAGUGUAAAAACAACCCAUUCUCCUAAUGUUUUCCUUCAUCAAGGACAAAGGUAGUAGCAGCAAGUACAACUCAUUGAAAAUGCACCUCAGGAUAAAAUAAUGAAAAAGCAUUUGGAACAUUAGAACUUAAAACUUAUUAAAAUGUUUUUAAGAAAAUUUAUUUUUACUUUGUAUGACUUAAGUGGUAUUUGUAUAAACUUCGAUUGGACUUCAUUGACGUUUGAGUCAUGAUUAUGUCAGUUUCAGCUGAAAGAGCCAACUUCCCUGUUGUAUGGGAUCCAAGGCUGUGGAGACACUCGAGUCCUCAGACGACAUGAAGAAUAGAGACUGGCCUCUGCUCAACAAGAGCUGGCAGAGUAGCUACGACGAGGAGUCUAAGAAUUCCAUCCAUGUUCUUUUCAUCUCUCAGACAUUACGUUACCUCACCAUUGCUUACCUUGCUUUGCAGCAGUAGUCUGGCCCAAUUCUCUACCUCAAAGAAAAGUUCCAAGAAAUAAAGGGAUAA